GAGCCCAUAUCAUCUCCAGUGGAGCCCGACGGAUGCAGCACACCUGGCACUGCGAAGCCAGAACAUGGCAUGGAUCCACGACUUCUCAAUGGGAAAAGAAGUCUUCGCGCGGCCUUGCAGGGGUGGGAAAAAUUCCAUCAAGUGGUGCCCGGAUGGGAGCAAAUUCGCUCUUGUGUCUGGGGUGAUGCACGUGGAUGUCUGUGAACAGGAGCCCUCGAGCGAGGGGGCACUACAGAUUGCCAAUGACAACGGCCAAGUGAGGAGAAGCCUCCAAGAUGACAUAACGCAAGCAGUGGAGCCACAGUCCAAAAGGAGCAAAGGCAGAAGGCAGUGGUCCAGCAAACUUCCCGACACAAACACUCCGAUCAGACCUACGACAGGGACCAAGACACCAAUCCGCAAGCGCACAGAGGACAAGCCGCAGCAUGAGAAGAUCAUACAGGCAAUCGAUGACAAAGUAGAUGACAUCACGGAGCAGUUCAAAUCAAUGCGCCUCAACUUCGACAAGAUCCAAGACAGACUAGAAGAGUGUUGUGAUGACCAAUAUGUGUUUCGCAAACAGCAGCUAUGGGCACUACAUGCGCAGGUACGAGAGCAACGAGACAAAGCCGCAAAGGAAGAGUGUAUGGUGGGGUGGCCGGCUUCCGCAACCGCUACUCAGCGUACGGAGUUCGUGAAAUGGUGUUUGAAAGAAGCAGACAUAGACGUUUCGACAUGUGACAUUUCGCAUUCCGUGAAGUACCAGCAGCUGUCUCCCAUGACAAUCCUCACCUUCAGACAUCCGUCCUUACGUAUACAGAUGGACAAGUGGUUCAAGGAGGAAUCUAUCAACAAGAAGAAGACACUGAACUUUUACAUGGAUGGGCAGUGUACUACGGAUGCCAUCAAGCUACGACCACAAGUGGCGGUAUGGGACAGAAUCAAGGGCGAGCCAUUGAAAAUUUGCUUGAAAGCCAUGGACAUAGCCAACCGAACCGGACAGAUCAAGGUGAACAUGGAUAGAGUCAAACCAUGGUGGAAUCACAACGCUAUUUACGACGACUACUACACCUUCGCAUGGGUUUACUUUAGCGUGCGAGAUGUACAAGCCAUUGUAUAUUUAGACCAGUCCAUCUACAAAGCUGUGAAAGAUACCUGGGCCGAGGCAGCACAAGCUUUAAGAACCAGGAUUCCGACCGAGCCAUCCUCAAGUUCACAGUCCAAGGGUAAAGGAAACAGCAAGGGCAAAGGCAAGGCGUUCGACACGACUCUCGGCGAGUACCCUUUCGAGUUCAAGUUUGCAGAAGUGAAGGAUUGGCAUUAUGAUCGUGAUGUCAGGGCGCACCAAGAGCAAGCGCGUGAUGAAGACAUGUGA